UUGUCGCUGGUCUGUGAGGCCGGUGUCCUGAGGUUCGUCGGAGCGCAGACAUGCUGCACCGGCUUGGCGGCCGGUGGCUGCGGCCGCUGCCCACCCUGCAGCUUAGGGCUCGGGGCCUGCCGCUGGUGCCGGCCCCGCCGAGUGGCGCCAAGGCCCCCGCUCUCCCCGUGUGGGCGGUGGCAUCAGUCUCUGCCGCUGGCGCGGGCGGCUGGUACGAGGCUCUGGCCGCUUCGGCGCCGGUGCGGGGCGCCGAGGCAGUGCUGCUUGGGGCGCACGCCGCCACGGGCCUGCCAUGGUGGGGCAGCAUUCUGCUCACCACUGUGGCCUUGCGCGGCGCCGUCACGCUGCCCUUGGCGGCCUACCAGCACUACAUCCUGGCUAAGGUGGAAAAUUUGCAGCCAGAAAUUAAAAACAUUGCCAGGCAUCUUAACCAAGAAGUUGCAGUUCGUGCAAAUCAGUUGGGGUGGUCCAAAAGAGUUGCCAGGCUCACUUAUCUAAAGAAUAUGAGGAGGUUUGUUUCAGAGCUAUAUGUUCGGGAUAACUGCCACCCUUUCAAAGCCACUGUGUUGAUCUGGAUUCAGCUUCCAAUGUGGAUCUUCAUGUCUGUUGCUCUCCGGAAUUUUAGCACAGGGGCAACAAAUUCAGAAGCAGGUUUUUCUGUUCAGGAGCAGUUAGCUACUGGCGGAGUCCUAUGGUUUCCUGACCUUACUGCUCUCGAUUCCACUUGGAUUCUGCCUAUCUCUGUUGGUGUCGUCAACUUAUUAAUAGUGGAGUCAAUCGCUCUCUACUGGUUAUGCUCCAGCCUCAUGGGCCUUUCACAGAACCUGCUGCUGCGUUCUCCUGGAUUUCGCCAACUUUGCAGAAUACCAUUGACCAAGUCAGAUUCAAAAACUCCUUAUAAAGACCUAUUCGCUGCUUUUUAUACCAAGUUCAUUUCAAGAAAAUGAGAUAUUUUUCAAUAAUUUUGAAGCAAUUACAAGUG